AGUACUCCUCCCCGAAUGCCGACGGCCCUAUAAAACCCCCUGAUGCACGGCGACCUCAAAAGCCGGCUCUUUUCCUAAAACCUCGAGGGCUGUCGUCGAGGAAACCUCUCUCAGAUUCUUAACAAUGGCUUUUGUUAAUAAAGUCGGUAAUCUGAUUAAGCAAACUAUAACUUCCAAUCCGUCCAUAUACCAAGCAAUACGAUGCAUGUCAUCCUCAAAGCUAUUCGUUGGAGGACUCUCAUAUAGCACAGACGAUCAGAGCUUAAGAGAAGCCUUCACCAGCUAUGGUGAAGUAAUUGAAGCUAGGAUUAUCAUGGAUCGGGAAACUGGUAGGUCCAGAGGGUUUGGCUUUAUAACUUUCACAUCAAGUGAAGAGGCCUCUGCUGCCAUCAGUAGCAUGGAUGGAAAGGAUCUACAUGGCCGCAUUGUUAGAGUAAACUAUGCUAAUGAACGCCGCAGCGCAUAUGGCAGUGGUGGUGGCUAUGGUGCCGGCGGCUAUGGCGCUUAUGGUGGCGGCGGCUAUGGCGCUUAUGGUGGCGGCGGCUAUGCUAGUGGUGGUGGUAACUAUGGUGGGGAUAGCUACAACAGUGGCGGCGGCGGUAACUACGGUGGGGAUAGCUACAACAGUGGCGGCGGUAACUACGGUGGGGAUAGCUAUAGCACUAGUGGAGGUACCUACGGUGGAAAUAACUACAGCAGUAGGCCUGGCAACUAUGGUGGAAACAGUGCUGGAAAUGGUGGAAGCACCGCCGGUGGGAAUUAUACUGUUGGUGGAGGUGGUGGUGGUGGUGGUAGCGAAAACUAUGGUGGGAAUUAUGGGGGUAGCACAGGUGGUGGAAAUUACACUAUUGCUGGAGGUGAUGGUUACAGUGACAACUAUGUUGGUGGUGUUGCCGGCAACGGCUAUGCCAGUGGCAGCAGCUCAGGUGGGUAUGGUGGGAGCGGGACAAUCGGCUAUGGUAGUGGUAGCAACCAGUAUAAUAGCACUACGAGCAGCAGCACAGGUGGUGGUUAUGAUAACAGCAACCCGGAUUUGGGCAGCAAUCAUGAGUUUGAUGAGCCCGAUGGCCAUGCCACCAAGCAAGCCUGAUUAAAGCACCAAGCUCACCUACCACAUCCAAGUGAGAAUAGAACAGCUAGGAUGACACAAACUAAGCAUUGAGCCUAAACUUGGGGGACAAUAUAUCCUGUGUUACAUCUCUUUGUUAUCUUUUCCUUGAUCUUUGUUUCAAAAUUUUGGACAAUGAAGGUAUGGGAUUGGACUUUUUUGUUCUUAAUCAGUUGAAAAGUAAUUUUUGAUAAAUUGUUUCAAAUUUGAUGGGAAA